CUAACACGCCCCAAAGCACACCGAGCUGAAUCCCCGACUUUGGUCCCUGAGGGUGAUAACGGUUCCGUUUUUUCUAAACCAGACCAUGACUAUACUAAGCCAAUACCUUCUGGGGAGAUAGACAACCUGAACUUAUCUCAUUAUGGUCUCAUCAGGCGCGGUUGCCAUCAAGGACAUCCAGAAACCACUUGAGCCUUACAUUCGGCCCCGAGAAGAAGUGACUCGUGUAAGGCAACUCCUGGCCGCCCACCUCGACUCGUGCCUCCAAGAUGGCGCUGCGGUUGGGCCUCUGGCUCUCGUUGACGCCAGCAACAUCGAACCCUCCCCAGCGUCCCGUGGUCUGCAGAAAGAAUAUCUCGAGGCAUUGAGCGCAAACCUCGAGGCUCGCAAUGAACUGGCCGCUUGUUGUCAGGAACGGAGUCAGCCCGAAAAAGAGGUAGAUAUUACUGGGCAAGGACUGGGACUCUUGCAAGCACAUCUCGCGAGAAUCCGUCUCCGACAAAGACGUGAGAAGCUGCAGGCCAUAGAGGGUGCCCUCAACUCGUUCGGCCAGAAACCGGCAGCAUCUCCCGGCUUCUUAGACGCUGGAGAGAUCUUCAGGGACUCGAGGCCGCUCCCGCAAGUACCCAACGACUUGGUCACCGCCCUCACAGUAGACAAGGCCACAUCCGGCCCGCAACUGAAGGAAUUGAUCGAUCAACUAGAGAAGCACGUUCUCCAGACGAAGCUUGUCUUGAGGCGCGAGGAGCAAUUGCUGGAGAAGGUGAAGUCGCGGACCACGGCCAGAGCAGAAAGCAUCAGUGAAAGCGCGAAAUUCGAAGCAUUGAGCAGGACCAGAGCUGAACUCAUCAACUGGAUAGAGACCGAGCUCGCGAAGACCGGAGGUGAUGACGGUGAUGUGGAAGCGCAAGAUUCCCAGAAGCACCAUGCUCCAACGAGCUCCGUCAACAUGGAGGAACAGCUCAUCAGUAUCAGGGAAAAGUACACACAAUACCUCGACGCCCGAAGGGUUCUUCUUGAGCUUGUCAGCCAGCAGGCCCAACCGGUCAUCGAACCACCAACAAAGAAGGCGGAAGCACAAACUCCUGCAGCACCAGGACCACAACCCACCGCACAUCUGCUGUCCCCGUACCUUAGCCAGCUGCUCUCUAUCGCCCGCGAACAGAAGGGGCUCAUAGCCCAGAAAGCCCACCUCAACUCAAGCAUUUCCAAGCAGGUGAAAGAGAACGGCCAGGUCGUUGACCACUUGGCCGAGGAAAGCCAGCUGAUACCAGCGCAUCCGAUGCCGGGAGUGCCGCAGGCACAUACAACAUUGGCCGAUGCUACAUCGACUAUCCAAGGUUCCGGCAUAUCUGAUCGCGUCAAGCCCUGGGUAUUCGCCGCCGACUCCGCCAAAAUCUCGACGCUGGAAGCCGUGGCCGAGCAGAUUGAGGAGGGGCAGAUUGCCCUCGAGGGUUCGGUGCGUACGCUUGGGGAGAUUGAUGAGUUACUCGGGUUAUCUCCGCUUGAUAGAAAAGAGGACGGGGAGCCUGCCGGCGAGGAUGAUGUCUGGCUGGCCACGAGUCAGCCUUCCGGAAAGACGGCUGGGCCGAGAAAGCAUACAGGUCGAACGGCAAAAAAACCAGCACGAUAUGCGAGUGUGUGGGACAAGCUGGAUGGAAACCUCGGGCUCCUUCGGUCGGACAAAGAUACCGCUUGAAUUGAACAGCAGUGUACACCAUGGCCGCAGUCCCGUCCUGCUCCGAAACGCCU